CAGGAGGAGGGGGGGGGCUCGGUGUCAAUUUUAUUUUUCUUCUUGGGGUGUGUGUGUGUGUGUGUGUGUGUGGCCGCGGCCCGAGCCUGUGGCGCGCGGGUAGGCGAACGGGGAAGAUCCCCGGCGCGGUUAAAAGAACCAUGGAUGGCCCGACGCGGGGACAUGGACUCCGGAAAAAGCGGAGGUCGCGAUCACAGCGAGACCGGGAGAGACGCUCCCGGGCCGGGUUAGGAACCGGUGCGGCGGGUGGUAUAGGAACCGGCCGGACCCGGGCUCCCUCGCUGGCUUCAUCGUCGGGCUCCGACAAGGAAGACAAUGGAAAGCCCCCAUCCUCCGCCCCGUCCCGGCCCAGACCCCCGCGGAGGAAGCGCAGAGAGUCCACCUCAGCCGAAGAGGACAUCAUUGAUGGAUUUGCCAUGACUAGCUUUGUUACUUUUGAAGCGCUGGAGAAAGAUGUAGCAGUUAAGCCUCAGGAACGUGUGGAGAAACGACAGACUCCCCUGACCAAGAAAAAACGAGAAGCUCUUACCAAUGGCUUGUCUUUUCACUCAAAGAAGAGCCGGCUCAGCCACUCACACCACUACAGCUCAGAUCGAGAAAAUGACCGCAACCUCUGCCAGCACCUGGGGAAGAGAAAGAAGAUGCCUAAGGGACUCAGACAGCUCAAGCCAGGACAGAACAGCUGCAGGGACAGUGACAGCGAAAGCGCUAGCGGAGAAUCCAAAGGUUUCCAGCGGAGCAGCUCUCGGGAGAGGCUCAGCGAUAGUUCAGCUCCUUCCAGCUUGGGGACAGGAUACUUCUGCGACAGUGACAGCGACCCAGAAGAGAAGGCUUCUGAUGCUAGCUCUGAAAAACUCUUCAACACUGUUCUCGUAAACAAAGAUCCGGAGUUAGGUGUUGGCGCACUACCUGAACACAACCAAGAUGCAGGACCAAUCGUCCCCAAGAUCUCGGGUCUAGAGAGAAGCCAGGAGAAGAGCCAGGACUGUUGCAAAGAGCCCGUCUUUGAACCCGUGGUGCUCAAAGACCCACAUCCUCAACUCCCCCAGCUACCAUCCCAGCCCCAGGCUGAGCCGCAGCUCCAGAUCCCAUCUCCAGACCCGGACUUGGUACCACGCACCGAAGCUCCGCCCCAGUUCCCUCCUCCAAGCACACAGCCAGCCCAAGGACCCCCAGAAGCCCAGCUGCAGCCUGCCCCGCUGCCUCAGGUGCAGCGGCCGCCCCGGCCGCAGACCCCCAGCCAUCUGCUCCAGCAGACCCUGCCGCCCGUGCAGUCACAUCCCUCCUCCCAGAACCUCUCACAGCCGCUGUCGGCCUACAACAGCAGCAGCCUGAGCCUCAACAGCUUAAGCAGCAGCAGAAGCAGUACCCCAGCAAAAACUCAACCCGUCCCUCCUCACAUCUCCCACCACCCCUCCGCCUCUCCCUUCCCCCUCUCCCUGCCCAACCACAGCCCCCUGCACAGCUUCACACCCACCCUCCAGCCCCCUGCACACUCACAUCACCCCAAUAUGUUCGCCCCUCCCACUGCUCUGCCUCCUCCCCCGCCGCUGACGUCUGGAAGUCUGCAGGUGCCAGGGCAUCCCGCAGGGAGCACGUACUCAGAACAAGAUAUCCUGAGGCAGGAACUGAACACGCGUUUCCUGGCCUCUCAGAGUGCUGACCGAGGGGCAUCCCUGGGCCCUCCGCCCUACCUGCGGACCGAGUUCCAUCAACACCAGCAUCAGCACCAGCACACGCACCAGCACACGCACCAGCACACCUUCACGCCGUUCCCCCACGCUAUCCCACCCACCGCCAUCAUGCCGACGCCAGCACCUCCCAUGUUUGACAAAUACCCCACCAAAGUUGACCCAUUCUACCGGCAUAGUCUCUUCCAUCAUUCCUAUCCUCCUGCGGUCUCGGGCAUACCCCCCAUGAUCCCACCCACGGGCCCUUUCGGUUCACUUCAAGGAGCAUUCCAGCCGAAGACAUCCAACCCUAUCGACGUGGCUGCCCGGCCUGGAACAGUCCCACAUACUCUGCUCCAAAAGGACCCAAGGUUGACAGAUCCUUUCAGACCUAUGCUAAGGAAACCAGGAAAGUGGUGCGCCAUGCAUGUGCAUAUCGCCUGGCAGAUUUACCACCACCAACAAAAAGUCAAGAAACAGAUGCAGUCGGACCCACACAAGCUGGACUUUGGGCUGAAGCCUGAGUUCCUGAGCCGUCCUCCGGGCCCCAGUCUCUUCGGAGCCAUUCAUCACCCCCACGAUCUGGCGCGGCCUUCCACUUUAUUCUCUGCCACUGGUGCUGCGCAUCCUACUGGGACCCCUUUUGGGCCACCACCUCAUCACAGUAACUUUCUCAACCCUGCCGCUCACCUAGAGCCUUUUAACCGGCCGUCUACAUUCACGGGCCUCGCUGCAGUCGGUGGCAAUGCCUUCGGGGGACUUGGAAACCCUUCAGUUACACCCAACUCAGUGUUCGGCCACAAGGAUAGCCCCAGUGUGCAGAACUUUAGCAAUCCUCACGAACCCUGGAACCGGCUGCACCGAACGCCUCCGUCGUUCCCGACCCCUCCGCCCUGGCUGAAGCCAGGGGAGAUGGAGCGCAGUGCGUCCGCUGCAGCCCAUGACAGAGAUAGAGAUGUAGAUAAACGAGACUCCUCCGUUAGUAAAGAUGACAAGGAAAGGGAAAGCGUUGAGAAAAGACACCCCAGCCAUCCUUCCCCAGCACCUCCCGUCCCCGUGAGCGCCCUGGGCCAUAACCGCAGCUCCACGGAUCCGACGACCAGGGGUCAUUUGAAUACUGAGGCUCGUGAGAAAGAUAAACCAAAGGAGAGGGAGAGAGACCACUCGGGAUCCCGAAAGGACCUGACCACGGAAGAGCACAAAGCCAAGGAAGGCCAUCUGCCCGAGAGAGAUGGGCACGGCCACGAGGCACGAGCAGCAGGCGAGGAGCCCAAGCAGCUGUCCCGGGUGCCAUCGCCCUACGUGAGGACACCAGGCGUGGACAGCACCAGGCCUAACAGCACCUCUAGUCGGGAAGCGGAGUCACGCAAGGGCGAGCCGGCCUAUGACAACCCCAAGAAGAACUCAGAGGUCAAAGUCAAAGAGGAACGCAAGGAAGAUCACGACCUACCCACAGAGGCUCCACAGGCCCACAGGACCUCAGAGGCACCUCCGCCCAGCUCCUCAGCCAGUGCCAGCGUGCACCCAGGGCCUCUGGCAUCCAUGCCCAUGACCGUGGGAGUGACUGGCAUCCAUGCCAUGAACAGUAUCGGUAGUCUGGACAGGACACGCAUGAUGACCCCAUUUAUGGGCCUCAGCCCAAUCCCAGGGGGAGAGCGCUUCCCGUACCCCUCUUUCCACUGGGACCCUAUGCGGGACCCCUUGAGGGAUCCUUACCGUGACUUGGACAUGCACCGAAGAGACCCUCUGGGCAGGGACUUUCUGCUCAGGAAUGACCCCCUGCACCGGCUCUCCACACCCCGGUUGUAUGAAGCCGACCGCUCGUUCCGGGACAGGGAGCCUCAUGAUUAUAGCCACCACCACCAUCACCACCAUCACCCGCUGGCCGUGGACCCUCGACGGGAGCACGAACGUGGCGGACACCUGGAUGACCGUGAGCGGCUGCACGUGCUUCGGGAGGACUAUGAGCACCCACGGUUGCACCCCGUGCACCCCGCGUCUCUAGAUGGACACCUCCCACACCCGAGCCUGCUCACACCAGGCCUGCCCAGUAUGCACUACCCUCGCAUCAGCCCUACUGCAGGCCACCAGAAUGGACUGCUUAACAAGACCCCGCCCACCGCGGCGCUCAGCGCCCCGCCUCCUCUCAUCUCCACAUUGGGGGGCCGCCCGGGAUCUCCCCGGAGGACUACGCCUCUGUCGGCUGAAAUCCGAGAGAGGCCACCGUCCCACACACUGAAGGACAUUGAAGCUCGGUAAGCCAGGACAAGGCAGACCUCAGAGUGGGGAAGAAACCCCAGGGACACCCACCCCCUGACUCAAGAGACAACUCCCGCACCCCUAAAACCGAGAGGUGCAGAGCUCCAGCUCUUCCCCUGGAAAAAAUAAUGGGCAGAGACUCCGUUUGGAUGUUGAAAUGUUUUUGUAUAUUAAUGUUGGAAUUUUUCAGACCUUUUAGCCAGGUCCUAUUUGUUCUUAACAUUUCUUUACUUUUUUGUUGUUGUUCCUUGCAUAAAACUUUGAUUUGAACCAAAACAGUGAAGGUACUGACACACAAGGGUCUGAUGAUCGCGGGGGUGGGGCGGGGGGCAUCUAUCCAUCACCCAGAGCUGUCUCGGAGGAGGAGACUUGUACAUAAAGUGUAAAAACAGAUUGCUUCAUGAGCUGACGGUUCAUAUAUGCAAAAGAGAAAGACGAAAGCUUUACUUGUACAGAUGUAAAUAGGUAAAGAUUAAGUAACAUAAUACAUUAAUACUUCUUCAAAUGUGCUAUUUACAAGUCUAAUAUCAGUGAACUCGGCCCUCGGAGGAGGCCGCGUUCCCAUCUGCUAAAAAACCCUUCAACUAUGCAAUGGAUACGAGGGCUUUUCCCCAAAGCCCACUUAACUCAAAGGAGCCUUUUCAAAUCCAUUUACAACAUACUUAAGGUCAUAUUUUCCCUCAACAAGCGCUUACCUGAGAUGUUAUACAACUGUUUCCCUUUUUGUUUUCUUUUGGUUUGGUUUUUGUUUUUCAAAUGAAGAAACAUUUGAAUUUUUUUUUUUUUUUUAAAUCUGGAACCCAGAAGUUCCUCUGAAGUUACUGCUUGUGGUCUUCUGGGGAGACAUGGGGAAAGGUCUGCCCCCUAGAAAGUGUAGCUGAGAACCGGAAGCAGCCAUGCCCAGGGAAGAUGGGAAUUGUUCUGCCAAUAAUCAGGGGCAGGUGGGCUGUGUCUGCCAGCACAGACAGGUCACCAGAAUGUCUGGUCACUUCUGAUGGCGACAUGUUGCAGACAGCUUCCAGUGGGCGCCCUGCCUCCCCAGCAUCCCCGUGUCCUAGCUCACAUGUGCACGCUCCUUGUUCCAUGAUCUGUAUGAUUUAAGGACACUCACAGGUCCUGAAAGAAAGCUGUCUGCGUUUUCUCAGACCAUGGAUGUUUUCACAGUAACGGACGAAGGUCCCCAGAGCUCAGUGUGAAUUAUUUAUAUUCCAAUAGGAAGUGGAAACUGGGCGGAACUGAGCAGGUGGAUCUUGUGAGAACCAUCAGAAAUUACCGAGAGCAAGAGAAGGCAGGCAGAGAGAGAGAGAGAGAGAGAGAGAGUGUGUGUGCACAUGCACACAUGCAUUCUUGUGUGCACUUGCAUGUGUGUUGAAUUUUCAUCAGUCUUAAUGUCUUCAUGACACUUUUAUAAGGACAUUAACCCUCUUGUCUACAUAUUUGGAGAGAAUAUGACUUUACUAGCCGAGAAAAUAAACUAUAUCUUGUCUACUGGCCUGUAAAAUACAUGUAAGAAAUAAAAAUUAGCCCCAUUUGGUCCUCUAGUAUAUUAAAGUGCUAUCUGACAUUGUUAUCCUGGUUUUUUUGUUUUGUUUUGUUUUGUUUUAAAAAAAAUGUAAACUACAGACCAUUGUUUCUAAAAGCAGAGAGAUCUAUUUUAGUAGUCAACAGAAGGUUUAGUUGUGAAUUCCAAUUUUGUGGACACCAGACGUGUGCAGUGUUUUGUUUUCUUUCUUUUGUUUUAAUUUUUUUUUAAAGACAACUAAAAAGAAAAAAAAAUCCCAAGGAUUCUGUGCACUGGAACUGUAGUGGUAGGGUCUCAGCAUUGUAAAGAGAUUGUUCUUGUACAGGCCUUUUGGCUGUUUCUCUUGUAUGUAAAAAAAAGGAAAAAAAAAAAAGAAAAAGAAAAAAAAAGUCCUUUCCAGAUCCUACUCGAACAGGAAGGGAAGCAACGGAAUCUUCAGCAUGUCUCAUUGGAGGAACCUUCUUGUGUAGUGUAAA